AUGGAAGACAUGGGCUUAAGUUUUGCUGAUCAAUCUCUUUCACUCAAUUCUGCUGAAGAUGCCAAAACUAUAGUUUCAGCAAUCGAAAAAUGUCCGUGCCUGGUUUUUCUCAAUCUUCAAGGAAACACUUUAGGAAUUGAUGCUGCUAAAGAAAUUGGCCAUGCUAUUGCUAAACACGGGUCACAUCUUAAGCAUGCAUUAUGGCAAGAUAUGUUUACUGGACGACUCAAAUCUGAAAUUCCAAUAGUUCUAGAACAUUUGUCUGCUGGUUUAUUAGCAGCAAAUGUACGUUUAUCUGAACUUGAUUUAAGUGAUAAUGCUUUUGGACCAAUUGGUAUGCAAGGAUUAGUUAAGCUAUUGAAUUCACCUGUGUGUUAUGAAUUACAAAAAUUACGUUUAAUGAACAAUGGAUUAGGAAUUAGUGGAGCAAAAAUGCUUGCAAAAGCAUUGAUUGAUAAUUACAAUGCUAGUGUCGCAGCUGGUACUCCAUUCAACCUUAAAGUACUAAUAGCUGGUAGAAACAGAUUGGAAAAUGAAGGUAUCAUUGCUUUGUCUCAAUUCUUUAGUCUUGUUAAAACCAUGGAAGAAAUAACAAUCCCUCAAAAUGGAAUUUAUUGCAAAGGUAUAUUAGCAUUAUCUAAGAGCUUACUAGAAAAUCCAAAUUUAAAAGUGUUGGAUGUUCAAGAUAAUUUAUUAACUGUUAUAGGAGCAGAAGCAUUAGCCAAUGUUCUGCCUAAAUUAAAAAAUCUGAAACAUUUGAAUAUUGCCGAUUGUUUGAUAAAAUCUAAAGGUGCUUUAGCAAUUGCAGAAGCUUUAAAUGUUCAUGAGUCUCUUGAGAAUUUGGAUGUAAGUUAUAAUGAAAUCAAUGGUGAAAGUGGGUUGAUAUUAACAAAAGCACUAUGUGACAAAAUAAACUUGAAAGGAUAUAAUAUUAAUGGUAAUAGGUUUGGAAUAGAAACUAUUGACAUAAUCACAAAGGCACUAAAAGAGUCUAACAAAGACAAUACUCUGGGAUCAUUUAGUGGCGAUGAAGGUGAAUGUUCUUCUGAUGAAGAAAAUGAAAAUGCUGAAGAAAGUUCAACAGAUACUGAAGAUGGCGAUACUUCUACUUCUUUUGCCGAUAAAACUGCCGAUAUUUCUACUUCUCUUGCCAAUAAAACUGCCGAUUUAAUGAAAGAUAUGAAUGUUAGCGAGAUUAAUUUAGUAAAAAAUUCCACAGAUAAUGUUGGUUUCGAAAUAUUAGUUGAUCAACUAAUGGAUAUUGCUGGUCGUUAUCAAAAUGCAAAUGAUAAAGUAACGUUGGAUAAGUGUUUUGAGUUAUAUAAAUCAGCGUAUACUAAUGCUACCAAAGAAUUAAAAUUUGUCGACUUAACAAAUUUAUUGUUAGUAAAACAUGGAUUAAUUAAAAGCGAAGACAAAAAAUUCCAACUACGAAAAGAUGUUGGUAGAUGUUUAGAUGUUCUAAGAAUUGCUGUUGAAAAUAAAAAUGUUAUUCCCGAACCAUCUCAAUGUGUAUUAAGCUUUAUGUUAAAAAAAAAAUUUUCAGUUCAAUAA